AUGUCUUCUGAGCCCUCCGCUGCGACCCAGCUGCUCCAACAGCACCUGUCCCACCACGUCACUGUGGAGGACGCGAGCGACGACGACUCCAAGCCCAACGUCAGCGCCAAGUCCACCGGCAAUGGAGAAACGGCGACGCCAAUAAGCGUAAAGAAAGACAGGGCUGGUUUGGCCACCGAUUCCCACGAGCUGUUCCCGGAACUCGGCGGAACAGCGUCCAAGUCUGCGGCCAACCUUGCUCCCGUUUGGCCUGCGAGGGCCAACGCGAAUGGGAAGGCGAAUGGAAAAGCAAGCGGCGCCAGCCCCGCCAAUGGCACCCCCAAGGACUCUGCCCCGCCGUCCGGUGCCAGCACGCCCGCCCACCGGGUCGCACCGCCGAGCCUCUCGAUCCCGGGGCAAUCCAUGGAGUACCUCCUCCUGGAGCCGGACCACAUCCUACCCCGCGCCCAGUUGAAGCGCCCUUUGGCUGACAUUGUCAAGGACUUCAACCGUAAGUCGCGCGCCCAGGUCAGGUUAGUCAACCAACCCGACAACAGGAUCAGGGUUGAGGCAACCGGGCCCAAGGGCGACGUCACAACGCAGUCACUGAAGGACUUUGUCGGCUUGAUUGGCACCAAAAUGAAGGUUGAGUUGGACGUCCCUCGUUGGGCCAGGCCUCAUAUUAUUGGCAAAGGCGGGUCUACCAUCAAGGCCCUGCAGGAGAAGUCAGGCGCUCGCAUCCACGUGCCCAAGGAGGAAGGCCAAGCAGCCGCAGACGACAACGACGACGAAGACACUAUUCGGGUGGUUAUUGAGGGCAAUUCGCAGCAGGCUGCCCACGCCCAGAAUCUUAUCUUCCGAAUCAUGGGCGAGCGCGGGGGCCAGGUCAAUGUUCCUCUCAAGGGAAUCCCUGCCGAGUUCUUCCCCUUCAUCGCCGGCCCCAACAACAGCUUCAUCAGCAGCAUCGAGCAGGAAAACGGAAUCCAGAUCCGCGUCCCUCCAGCUCAGGCCUUCUCGUCCACGCCACCCACUGUGCCCGCCCCGUCCGAACGCCCCGUGUUUUACCCCGCGGCUGACAGCUCCAUCCACCUCGCCGGUGAGCGCAACGCUGUGAAAGCCGCCCGGGAGGCGAUUGAGCGGAGGGCCGAGGAACUGCGCAGCCAACUGCUAGUAGAGCCUAUCCACAUCCAAUCAGGCCGCCACCAGUUCAUUAUUGGGGAGAGGGGCGUUUCCAUGGAGCAGUUUUUCGAGGACACCGGAUGCACCAUUGUUAUCCCCACCGAUGAAGACGAUGACGUUGUCAAAGUCAUUGGAUAUCGCGAUCAGGUCCCGAAUGCUGUGGACAAAACGAUUGGCUUGGCCAUGAACAUGCAAUGCUCCAACAUCGACAUCGCGCGCUUCCACAAACAAGCCCCAGGCGGUGCGGCCGCUCACGCGCGCCAUGUCACCCGCUACCUCCAUCAGAAACGGGAAUUGGAGCGGCUCGGGAAGGCGUAUAAUGUGCACUUCAACACGCCGUUCUCCGACGACGGUGCUCUGCAGUGGGAGCUCUACGCGCGCGAUGGCAAGAAUCUCAUCAGGGCUCAGACCGAGGUCAAGGCCUUGGUGGACGGUCUCCCGCCGGCACGGGUGGCCACCGUCCCGGUUGAUCCGUUCUACCAUCAUUACAUAAGGAGGGAGGUGAUGCCGCAGGUGCGCCAGAACUAUGGCGUCCACAUGGUUGUCCCAGAGGCUUCCGAGGCUAAUGCGCCUCUUUUGCUGGUUUACGAAGGCUUCGAAAGCCCCGCGUCCUACCAAGUUCCGCGUUCCCCGCCGAGCCAACAAGAUAUCGCCGAGAUGCAAAAGUGGCUUCAAGACGCCCAAGGCCACGUUCUCGGCCUCAUGAGCCAGCAGGAAGCUGUGACCUCCAAGUCUAUUGAGGUCCCCUUGAAGUUCCACACAAGGCUCCAGAAGUUCAUCAAGAACGAGCAGGACAAUGCUACCAACCCGGUCCGCGCCCGGGUAUCCAACAACGGCGAGACCGUCAUCAUCCGCGGCCCCGCUUCUGUUGUGGACCGGCUUACCGCCAAGUGCGUCGAAUUCGUCGAGCAAGAGAAGCAGGACGACAAGGAACGUGGCUUUACACUGGAAUUCGACUUCCCCCAGAAGUUUGCCAACCACUUGAUUGGCAAGGGUGGUAGCAACAUCCGAGAUCUCAGGGAGAAGUUUGACGUUGAGAUUCAAGUCCAGGACGGCAAGGUGCAGCUCAAGGGUCCGAAGGCCAAGGCAGAGGCGGCAAAGACGCACAUUGUUGCGCUCGGGCGUCAGCUGCAGGAUGAGGCGACACACGUGCUGAAAAUUGACCCCAAGUUUCACAGGGAGCUCAUCGGCGCGCAGGGCAGCCAGAUCAACAAGCUGCAGACCCGCUACAAGGUGCUCAUCUUUUUCCCGCGCAACAAGAACGCCAAGGACGAUGAGUCGGUUGCUGAGUCGGCUAGUGAUGCUGGGAAGGGUCGCCGUCAGCAGGCUCCCGACGAGGUCAUCAUCCGCGGACCCAAGCGCGGUGCCGACGAGGCUCGUGACGAGCUGCUGUCACUGCUGCAGUACCUGAAGGACACGUCAUUCACCGCCACUGUGACUGUCCAGAAGAAAAUGCUACCUUCUCUCAUUGGCGCUGGCGGUGCCGUCCUGGAGCAGCUGCGUCAGUCGACCGGCGCCAAGAUUGACGUCCCGAGCGCCAAGGACUCAGAGGAUCCUCAGGUGGAGAUCCAUAUCAAGGGCACCAAGACGCAGGUGACUGCGGCCAAGAAGGCUCUGGAGGAGAAGAAGGCGAUCUUUGACGACACUGUGGUCGAGAAGAUUGAGGUGCCGAGGAUAUACCACAAAGCUCUCAUAGGCACGGGCGGCGCGACGCUUCGCGACAUUGUUGUUCAGGCUGGCGGUCCUUCCGACCAGCGGGAACUCGCGCGCACCAUCCAGUUUCCCAAGCAGGACGCUGAUGGCAAUACCAUCAAGGUGGAAGGCCGCAGCGAGGUCGUGAAGAAGAUUGUCGCUCGGAUCCAGGCUCUGGUGGCCGAGCGCGAGAGUCAGGUAACCGACGCCGUGGAUGUGCCUGUCGAGAAGCACAGGACUAUCGUGGGCCGCGGCGGUGAGACGAAGCGCAACCUCGAGGCUCAGUUCAAAGUUUCGCUCGACGUUCCGCGCCAGGGCAGCGGCCAGACGAGCGUGAAGAUUGUUGGCCAGUCGGCCGACGUCGAGAAGGCCAAGGCGCACAUCCAGAACCUGGUCAAGGAGCAGCCGGGCGAGACGGUUCAGAUCCCCCGCGCCCUGCACCACGCAGUCUCCAACAACGGCCAGAUCUUCCGCCGCUUGCGAAACGACUUUGGCGUCACAAUCGACCAUGGCGGCCAGACGGUGCCCCCUAAGCCCACGGCCGCGGCCAGCAGCGCCCGCGCCAACGGCGGCGCCCUGCCCCUGAUUACGGACGAGCCCGAGGCUGCCGCCGACGCCCACUCAUGGAAGGUAGUCGAGCAGGCCUCUUCCUCUGAGGAGGGCGACAUCCCCUGGAUCCUGCGCGGGUCGGCCGAGAACGUCGAGAAGGCGAAAAAGGCCAUCCAGACGGCGCUCGAGCAAGCCACCAAGCACAACGCAGUUGGGUAUCUGGUCCUGCCGGACCCCAAGACGUACCGGUUCGUCAUUGGCCAGGGUGGUAGCAAAGUCAAUGCCAUUCGCAAGCAGAGCGGGUGCAAGAUCACGGUGCCGCGCGACCAGGCACAGGGCGAGGCCAUUGAGGUCGUCGGGUCUCGCGAGGGGGUGGAGAAGGCCAAGGAGCUGAUCCUGGCUGCUGUCAAGGAGGGGGUGAGCGCGCGGUCGACGAGGGGCGAGUAG